ACCACCACAACUACUAUCACAUCCAAUACAAUGAAGGCCGCCCGCCGCCCCAUGCGGGCGCUCGCCAGCGCCCCGACUUCCCGCCGUUAUGUCAGCCGGACCAGCAACGCAAAGUCGUCGGUCGCCGCCUCGCCCGCGUCCUCGACCACCACACUCCAGCACCAUGUCUCCGCCUCGCUGCAGAGCACCUCCUCCACCACCACGCCCCUGGCCCAGCUCCCCCUCUCGACUGUCCUCCGCUCGCUCGUGAUCCUAUCGGUGUCGUCCUCCUCGCUACUGCUGAAGCCAUGCAUCUACGCGCUGUCGACGCUGGCGCACCCCAAGACCGCCAUCCUGGAUGUGGCUAGGAACCCUCUGCUGAACGCGGUCGUCAAGCACACCAUCUAUAAGCAGUUCAACGCCGGAGAGAACAAGACCGAGGUGCAGCGGUCCAUUCGCGAUAUCAAGUCGCUGGGCUACCGCGGCGUGCUGCUGGGGUACGCGCGCGAGGUGCUGGUCGGCGAGGGCAACGUCGACCCGUUCGAUGAGAAGCUGGCGCGCGAGGAGAUCCAGACCUGGUUGGAUGGUACGCUUAAGACUGUUGAUAUGGCGCAGGAGGGCGAUUUCGUGGCUCUUAAGUGGACAGGAAUGGGCCACCAGGUACUCCACUACCUGCAGCAAAAGCUCGACCCCUCGGAGCAGAUGGACAAGGCGAUAAAGCAGGUAUGCGACCUGGCGAUCGCGCGGAACGCGCGGCUGCUGGUAGACGCAGAGGAGCAGGCGGUGCAGCACGGGAUCGAGAACUGGGCGCUGCGGUACCAGAAGUACUGCAACGCGCGGACGCCGGGCAAAGCAAUCUUCUUCAACACGUACCAGGCGUACCUGAAGUCGACACCGGCGACGAUUGCGCGACACCUGGAGUUUGCGCGGGCGGAAGGGUUCACGGCGGGCGUGAAGUUGGUGCGCGGCGCAUACCUGAAGACGGAGCCGCGGCAGCUGAUCUGGGACGUGAAGGAGGACACGGACGCCUGCUACGACGGCGUCGUCGAGGCCCUGCUCACCCGCCGCUACAACGCCAUGCUGCGCCCGGCCUCCGAGAAACACACCGUCGAACUGCCCCCGCUCAACGUCAUCAUCGCCACCCACAACCGUGACUCCGUCCGCAAGGCCCACGCCAUCCGUCUCCAGCAGGCUGCUUCCGGUGACCUUGCUGCCCGUGACGUCGACCUCAGCUACGCCCAGCUCCAGGGCAUGGCUGACGAGGUCAGCUGCGAGCUCCUCCAGGGCUUCCCGGGCGGCGAGGGCGCCCCCGCCAAGGAAUCCCCCAACGUCUACAAGCUCCUCACCUGGGGUACCGUCAAGGAGUGCAUGGGCUUCCUCAUGCGCCGCGCCGUCGAGAACACCGAGGCCGUCGGCCGCACGAAGCAGUCGCAGGAGGCUAUGAUGGGUGAGCUCCGCCGCCGCGCCCGCCGUGCCUUUGGUCUCGGCAACUGAUUGACGCCUUUACGACUUGUGUUUCUUUUCACUAUUCCCUUUCCUGUUUGGUAUUGCUUAAGUUAUUGGCGCACUUGUUUUUUUGUUUCUGUUGGUCUGAGUCCCUGAGCGUCUCAUUGCAUUUCCAUGGCGUUAGCUAAAAUCCAGCUUGGCGUG